AGCUCGCCAGUGUGGGACAGACAGUGGUGCGGGGCGGACCUUCUAAAGUCGCCCUUCCCUCUACGUAGCCACCCCCCAGGCUCCCCCAGGCCGGUGCCGCUGCGGGGCGUGAAGGCGGCGGGGCGGGGUGAGAGCUUCAUAAUACCCUGGCACGCUUUGUGACUCGCUAGGGGCGCUGUCUGCUCUCCUCGCACCGGAAGACAUCACCUGAGGAGGGGAGGGGGUGAUGCCCGUCCCUUCACCGCUCCUGUGUCUGUCGCUGCUCGUGUCCUCCUGCCUCGCGCUUUCCCACACGGAGGGCGCCCUCGCCCCUGCCCCGCCCCUCCCUAAAGAGCCCCGGGAGGAUCCCGAGGCGGAGGGUGAGGAGUGGGCGGGGGCGGCGGUGGGCGUGGUGGUGGUGAAGGCCACCGUGAUGGCCGCCAUCAUCCUGGUGUCGGUGCUGGGCAACGUGCUGGUCAUCGUGAGCGUGGCGCUGCACCGCCGCCUGCACUCCCCCGCCAACUAUCUGCUAGUGUCCCUCGCCACCGCUGACAUGCUGGUUGCCCUCUGCGCCAUGACCUUCAACGCCUCCGUGGAGCUCACCGGAGGCCGCUGGCUGUUUGGGCGCAUUAUGUGUGAUCUGUGGAACAGCUUCGACGUGUACUUUUCCACGGUGUCCAUCCUGCACCUGUGCUGCAUCAGUGUGGACCGCUACUACGCCAUCGUGCGGCCCCUGGAAUACCCGCUCACCAUCACACGUCGGGUGCUCGGCCUCAUGCUCACCCACUGCUGGCUGGCGCCCGUCCUUAUCUCCUUCCUGCCCAUUCUUCUCGGCUGGUACACCACUGCCGAUCACCUUUUAAGCCGCGACGCUCACCCUCACGUCUGCGCAUUCGUCGUCAACGUGGUGUUCGCCCUGGUGUCCUCGGCGGUGUCGUUCUGGGUGCCGUGUACCGUCAUGGUGGUGAUGUACUUCCGUAUCUUCCAAGAGGCACGCAAGCAGGAGCGCGCCCUACUCAACCGUGCCUGCUCUGCUAACUCCGCCGCCUAUUCUGCCUCCUUCAGACAACAACAGCAGCAACAGCAGCAGCAGCAACAACAACAACAACAACAACAACAGCAACAGCAGGAACAGCAGCAGCAGCAACAGGAUCCUACGACGGAGGUGGUGUCGCGCCAGCAGCUACUGGUGGCGUUGCAGGGGACUCCCUUCACUCCCGCUACGUGUCAUCAGGAGAUCGUGAUGAACUCCCUCACCCCCGAUGCCGCUAAUAAUUGUGGCGACGCCCGGAGCGGCAGCUUCACCAAGGGCAACGGCGCUGGAGGGACCAACCCUAGCAUUACGGGUGGGGGUGUGGGCGGAGGCGGGUGGCGUCUCAAGCGGCAUGGCAGCACGGCCUCCUGGCAUGGCUCGGUGCGGCGCCACCCGCCAUGUGAUCGGCGGCUACACAGCACGCCACUGGUGGGAACGCGCAGCAGCCCAAUGGCGGCAGGUCGGCGGGAGCAUAAGGCGGCGCGCACGCUGGGCCUCAUCAUGGGCGCCUUCGUGCUGUGCUGGCUGCCCUUCUUCACCUGGUACGUCAGCAUCAACGUUUGCGGGCCGUCGUGCCGCUGUCCGCACGCCGUCGUCACUGCGCUCUUCUGGAUCGGCUACUUUAACUCCACCCUCAACCCAUUCAUCUACGCUUAUUUCCGCGCUGACUUCCGCGAGGCCUUCCACCGCACGCUGAAGCGCCUCAGCUGCUGCCGGGCGCGCCAGCCCUCCGGAGUGUUUGUCUGAUGCUGCCCGCAGGCCCCGCCGGCCCCGCACACUCGCCAGGCCGCGGCGCCUCGAACCCCGGUGCUUCCCGAUUAACUGAAGCCCUUGCCGACUCUCAUCGCCACCCGUGGUUGCCGCAGGUCCGCUGCUUGCUGUUCCUUCCUGAGCCACCUGAGCUGUUUGAGCCUGGCUGGGAGUCUGUGGGCACGCGCCUCCUCUCUGCAGCAAACCCCGCUCCCUCCCAUCCUCACGCCCACACUCACUCAUGCCCGCUGCGGCACACAGCCGGAUGGUGUAGGUGCUGUCACCUCACUGACCCGCGCCACCCUCGGGAAGGACCUGCGGCACCUCGUGAAGUGAGGUGCUGCAGCAGCAGUGGGCCACGUACCGCUGUCCCGGGCUGUGGAUCAGUUCCUGUCCACUGCCUCCUGCAAGAAUGCUGUCGAGGCGCGGGACUUGUUGCUGGUGACGAGCUACACAAGGCCGCCUGAUGAAGCACUCUUGUGUUGCCGGACAGUGGCAGCGGCGGCAGGAGUGGCAUGGCCGCUCGCCAAGUCUGCUUGUGCUUGCUUGUUGCUAGUAUUAUUAUCGUUAUCAUUAUUAUUUCUUAUUAAUUUUAUUACUAUUACUAUUUUACCAUAUUUUUUAUCAUUGUUGAUAUAAUUAUUGUCAUCAUCGUUAUUACCUUUAUGAUUAUCUUAUCUUCACAAUUUUUUUCUCAUCUCCAUUACCAUCGUUAUUAUUAUCGUCAUCGGCAUCCGCCAUCAUCAUUAUCAUUAUAUAUAUUUAUCAUUGUCAUCUUUAUUAAUGUUAUUGUUAUGCGAAUGCACACGUUACAACAACAUGACAGCAUUAUCACACUCAGCAGCAGCAGCAGCAGCAGCAGCAGCAGCAGAACGGACACAAUAAAAUACCAAACGUAUUAGAACAUUACACAAACAUGAUAACUGUCAGAACCAAACGCUGGGUUGAACUAUUCCAUCUAACCAUUCCCUCACACACACACACACACACACACACACACACACACACACACACACACACACACACACACACACACAAACACAAAAGAGUACCAAAAAAAAAUAGAAAGAGAUAUCGCUCUCAUCUAUCUAUUUUUCCUCCAUCCGAAUACUAUAGAGGCUCGUAUCUUUUAUGUACAUAUAUUACAGUCUCCCUGAGGCCUCGGGCCCCCCAUACACAUCACGGUGUUUCCUCUCCAUUGGGUGUUGCUCUUUGUACUCUAUGUUUUACACCAAGAUUUUUCUCGUAUACUUUCAUUAAGGAAGAAAAAAAUAUCAUGUGUUAUGUAUGGAGCGAUCAAUUUUGUGUCCAUUUUUUCUUACCUCAAGCCCUCCCUCCCUCCCUCCCUCCCUCCCUCCUUCCUUCCUUCCGUCUUGGUAUAUAUAUUUUUUGUAUCUCUUUCUUUGCUUUCACAUGUGCACCUCCUACUCCUCCUCCUCCUCCUCCUUUUGCAUAAUCUCUCUUUUGCACUCAUCUUAUCCUUUCUUUUCCUUCCUCUUUUUCCUAUGAUGAUAUCUCUCUCUCUCUCUCUCUCUCUCUCUCUCUCUCUCUCUCUCUCUCUCUCUCUCUCUCUCUCUCUCUCUCUCUC